UUUUUGAAAUGCAUGUUCUAGUGCGUGUCUCUCUCUUCAGACUUUUCACUGACUUGACCCCUCACCAUCUUCUUCUUCUGUUCUGCUGUUUCUACUACUGAGAGACCGAGAAAAGAGAACCCUGAUGGGUGGAGAGACAGAGAAUGAAACCGAGAUUGGGAUUAUUACACUGAAAUUGAUCAAUUAACCCCCACCCCAAAAGAAGAAGAAAAAAAGAUUGACUUUCAUUCCUCUGUUUACUAUUUGAAGAGGUUGAGAGCAGCCAUGAAAGCAGAAGGGAAAAUGGUAUUCAAAUCCAAGCUGAAAUGGCUUGGUUUGUUGGGUCUCGUUCUAUCUGCUUUCUCUCUAUUCACUCAUUUCCUUCUCGCCGGUUACUCAGAGGAAGGCAUCUACAAGUAUUACCAGUCUUCAGUCACAAUCUUCUCUUGGAGACCUGUUUUUGAGGAUGCAGAUCUUAUCCGAAAUAGUCCACUAUAUAGAAGAUUAUGGGGUCCUGUUAGAAGACUGGAAAAUUUGUAUCCAUUUUCCAAUCCUAGAGGAAGAAAUUAUGCAGCUCCCAUUUCGACUACAAAUGGCUAUCUUUUCGUUAGAAUAAGAGGAGGAUUCCACGAGAUCAGAAAUUCGAUAUGUGAUGUGGUUUUGGUUUCUCGACUUCUCAAUGCAACCCUAGUAAUCCCAGAGAUUCUCUCGACCACUAGCAGCAAGGGAAUCAGUUCGGAGUUCAAAAGCUUUGCUUACCUCUACAAUGAGGAUGAAUUCAUGCUGGCAUUGGCAAAAGAUAUAAAGGUGGUCAAGAUUCUUCCAAAGGAUCUUAAAGGGGCAAGAAGAAAGAAAAAUAUUCCCAUGUUUAAAGUGUCACCUUCAACCUCGCCUUAUUUUUACCUUCAUCAAGUCCUUCCUGUUCUCAACCGACACUCGGUGGUCGAACUAAUUGUUUCAGACGGGGGCGCGCUGCAGGCCAUACUGCCUUCUCAUCAAGAAGAGUACCAAAGGUUGAGAUGUCGGGUUGCUUUUCAUGCACUGAAAUUGAGACCAGGGAUUCGGGAUCUCGCUAGUAACGUUUUAAAUAGGUUAAGAAACUCAGGAAGGCCUUUUAUUGCUUAUGAUCCUGGAAUGACUAGAGAUGCCUUGGCAUAUUAUGGCUGUGCUGAACUCUUUCAGGAUGUGCACUCUGAGCUCAUUCAACACCGUCGGGCUUGGAUGAUCAAACGUGGGAUCGUGAAGGGAAACCUUUCUGUCCAUUCAGAAACGAUUAGGCUUAACGGGUCAUGUCCACUUAUGCCAGAAGAGGUUGGCAUACUUCUUCGUGCCUAUGGGUAUUCUUGGGACACAGUUAUUUACGUAGCGGGUGGAGAGGUCUUUGGAGGGCAAAAGAAGUUAAUCCCGUUAAGAGGAAUGUUUGAAAAUGUUGCAGACAGGACUUCGCUAAGUACAGUAUGGGAAAUAAGCAAAAUAUACGGUCGUGAGACUAACAUUGUGAAUAAAGUUCAAAAAAGUCCGCCUUCUGUCAAAGAGGAGAUGAGAUUGGAAGCUUGGAAGAAAGCUGGACAUCGUCCUCGUCCGCUUCCUCCCCCUCCUGCACGACAAAAAUACCCUUAUAAUAUCGAAGGCUGGUGGGGUUGGGUUGCUGAAAGUGACAAUGAACCGGAGAGCACAGUAAUGGAAUUGAGGAUGAACGCUCAUAAACUUCUUUGGGAAGCCAUUGAUUAUUAUGUAUGCGUUGAAGCUGAUGUCUUCAUUCCUGGGUUUGAUCUUGAUGGUAAAGGCCGUCCCAAUUUUGCUAGCCUUGUAAUGGGUCACCGGCUUUAUCAACAUGCUGAACUGAAGACAUUCAGACCGAACAGAAAAGAAGCUGUGAAGAUUUUAGAUGAGAUAAGAGACCACCUAUACGAAGCCAAUCAUACUUGGAUUAGAUCGGUUCGUAGGCAUCUGAGAGCAAGUUUAUACAAUGGCUUCAAACAAGAAGCUGCGAGAUCGAAGGUUCUGUCUUUCCUUUCUCACCCAAUUCCAGAAUGUUCUUGCUCGUCGAAACUAGACAGUUCUUCAGCAGAGCUUGGGGUUACCCAACUUUGUCCCAGCUAUAUAGGCAUUGAUAGAAUCUCUCAAUCAAGAGAAAUGGAAAAAGAGGAGGAAAUUGAUGAAGACGACACAGCAUCUUCAUCUGGGUUGUUCUUUCGAUUUACUGGUGUUGGUGAUGGAGGUGGAGAAACUGUCAAUAAAGAAGAACCCAUACAGAUUGAGGAUCAGGAAGAACUAGAAGGCGCUGACAAAUAGAAGAGGGGAUUGGUCUUUUAACAUGUUUUUUUCUUUUUUUCUUUAUCAAGUCUCUGCAGAACUGGUUGGUUCAUUUAGGUCUUAUAUAAUAAUUAUUAUUAUUAGCCUUUAGUGUUGUAAUUUUCAUGUAAUCUAUCCAAAAGUGUUGUAGUUCUGC